CAAUUUCAGGUGAAGGUCGAUUGAAAGCACCGGCUACACGUGAAGGAUGGCGGCAAGUGAACUCGCUUUGUUAAGUGUUUCUAACAAGCAGGGUCUGGUGCCUUUUGCCAAGGUUCUACAUGCCUCUGGGUUGAAGUUAAUAGGGUCGGGAGGGACAGCCAAGGCCAUCAGGGAUGCCGGCAUUCCGAUACAAGAGGUCAGUGAAGUGACCAAAGCGCCAGAGAUGUUAGAAGGGAGAGUAAAGACACUUCAUCCUGCUGUUCAUGGAGGUAUUCUAGCCCGGCUUACAGAUGGAGACCUGUAUGACAUAGGCAAACAAGGGAUUUCCCUGAUAAGGGUUGUUGUUUGUAAUCUGUAUCCAUUUGUUAAAACUGUAUCCGCUGAGAAUGUGGCUGUGAGUGACGCCAUUGAAGAUAUCGAUAUAGGUGGCGUUACUUUGUUACGAGCGGCUGCGAAGAACCAUGAGCGUGUGACAGUUGUCUGCGAUCCUCAGGAUUACGACAGUGUUGGAGAAGAGAUCUCCUCGUCCUAUGAUAAAGAUACAAAGAUAGAAACCAGGAAAGCUCUGGCAGUGAAGGCUUUUAAUCACACAGCGGAGUAUGAUGCAGCCAUAUCAGACUACUUUAGGCGGCAGUUCAGUGAAGGUGUGUCGCACCUACCUCUACGCUAUGGGAUGAACCCCCACCAGAAACCAGCACAACUGUACACAACCAUGCCCAAACUGCCCAUGAAAGUGGUGUGUGGUUCCCCAGGUUUCAUCAACCUGUGUGAUGCCUUGAAUGCAUGGCAGCUGGUGAAAGAGUUGAAAGAAGUCCUUGAUCUUCCUGCUGCAACUUCCUUCAAACAUGUCAGCCCAGCAGGAGCUGCUGUAGGUGUCCCACUGUCGGCAGAAGAAGCCAAGGUGUGCAUGGUGGAUGACAUAAAGGACGACCUCACCCCUCUUGCCACGGCGUAUGCACGUGCGCGAGGUGCAGAUCGCAUGUCCUCAUUUGGUGACUUUGUGGCGCUGUCUGAUGUGUGCGACGUGCCAACGGCUAAGAUUCUGUCCAGAGAGGUGUCUGAUGGCAUCAUAGCCCCUGGAUAUGAAGAGGAAGCCCUGAAAAUACUCAGAAAAAAGAAAGGUGGAAAAUACUGUAUUCUUGAGAUGGAUGCUACCUAUGAACCCACAGACAUGGAGACGAGAACGCUUUAUGGUUUAAAAUUGGAGCAGAAGAGAAAUGAUGCCUUUAUAGACCAGAAAUUAUUUAGUAACAUAGUUAGCAGUAAAAAAGAGCUCCCAGAAGACGGACUACGAGACCUGAUAGUUGCCACGAUAGCCUUGAAAUAUGCCCAGUCCAACUCUGUCUGUUAUGCUAAGAAUGGCCAAGUUGUAGGGAUAGGAGCAGGCCAGCAGUCCAGAAUACACUGUACAAGACUGGCGGGGGACAAAACUAACAACUGGUGGUUAAGACAUCAUCCUCGGAUUCUUGGCAUGCAGUUUAAGAAGGGAGUUAAAAGAGCAGAGAUGUCCAACCUCAUAGAUAUCUAUGUGAAUGGAACUGUGGGGCAAGAUAUGGACACAAUGUCUUGGGAGAGCAACUUUGAGAACCCACCAGAACGUCUGACAGAGGAGGACAGAAAGGAAUGGCUGGGGCAACUGAAAGGUGUAGCUCUCAGCUCAGAUGCAUUCUUUCCAUUCCGUGACAAUAUUGACAGAGCAUACCAGAGUGGUGUGCAGUAUGUAGCAUCUCCAUCAGGGUCCACGAAUGACAACAUUGUAAUAGAAGCCUGCAAUGAUCACAGUAUCACCCUGGUCCACACAGAUGUCAGGCUGUUCCAUCACUAGGUGGCAGCACAGCUAUACAUGUAGUUGUCAGGAUCGACUGUAGAUGGCAGUAUUGUUGUAAUUGUUUAGAUCUACUGCAAAUGACAGCACUGUUGCAAAUGUAACAAAUUACUGUAAAAGGCAGCACAGUUGUUAGAAAUUACUUCAGAAAGCAGCAGUGAGGUAUUAUUUUUUCAAAAGUUAAAUAGUGCAUGCGUCUGCCAGUAGAUGUCAAAAAAGAAUCUCCAACACAGGACAAGACAACCAGAGAUUAUAUAUGUAUUUAUCAGAUUUAAGCAGCAUACAUUUUUACAAUAUAGAUGCCACUUUAUAAGAAUAUCCCUCAAAGAGCGACCAAACCUAAGUCCAUUUCAGUGCAGUGAAGGUAGUACUUUGCACUCUAAUUAUUGAGACAAUUCCUUGACUAUAAAUCAAAGGAAUACUUCUGAGAUCAGAUCAUGCAGCUUUAUUAAUGCUUUAUACUAGAAUCUUAUACUAUUAUCUAAAGUUGAAUUGAAGUAUAAUCUUUAUAUUACCAAAGACUGAUUUCUAGAUAUUAUAUAGUAUUUGAAUAGGGCAGGGGGAUGGGCAAGGAGCCUUUUUAUUUCAUUCUAAGAAAUGAAAUAUGUUAUAUAUAAUUCUUAUUACCCUUAAUCAUCUAGACCGAUCCUAAGGAUCGAGCACACAUUGAGUUUCAGUGAUCACAUACUUGUCCCUUGUGGCCGCAAGACGGCACAAGCUACCCAGUUUUUUAAGUAGUUUGUGCCAAAAAUUUAUUAUCCGGUGAACCAUUCAAACAGCCAGUCUAACUUGGAAUCUGCUGGCCCAAAAUAGAAAGAGUGACCAGUAACUGAACAAAUUUUCAAACAUUUUAUACUCCAGGCUUCAAUUUUAUCGGUAGAUGCCAUGGGAACAGUGUUAAUACCAAAGACGGUUUUUAAGACAAUUAUAUCUUUUUACAGAGGAAUGUCCAUUGUUGAUUGAUAAAUUGUUGACCUACGUGUUAAUUAUACUUAAACUUUAUCUUGACCUGUAAUGUGAUUACAGAAGACAUCAGAGAACUUUUGUAUUGUUUUUUAUACAGUGUAGAAGAAAAGACAGAAAUUUAGUGAAAACAUUGUUGAAAAUGUGUAGAAAACAUUUUAAGGUAUAAAGUGAUAGACCAUAAGAUAUUAGGUUAAGCUUAAUGAGAAGAAAGAUGUAAUUGGUUUUUGUAAUGCAGUUGAUUUCUUCCCUAUCAUGUUGAAUAUUAGAAUUUUUGUGUCUGAUGAAAGUGAAAUAAAUCUUUAAUAUUA